AAAAAUGGUGACUCUGUCAAUGAUAGCCGGUAAAGUCUCUAAAGUGUCACAGAGAGAUCUCCUCUGCUGCUUUCUGAAAAGGAGACAAGGGGGCGGGGGUGAAGCUGUGCAAGAGAGGGAGAGAGAGAGAGGGAGAGGGAGGAGGAGGAGAAAGAGGGGUUGGCUUUACUGUGAUGUGAAUGGAAUAGAAUCAGCGCGAGAGAGAAAGAAGGAGGAGGACGGCACAAAUCAACCUGCCUCUUGACUUCAGCAGCAGAAUAAGAGCGCCAGAGGAGAUCAGGAAGUGUUGGAGGCUUUUUUUUGUUUUUUUGUUUUUUGUUUUAAUUUUAUUUUAUUUUGGGAGAGAGGAAGAGGACACCAGCCGGGAGGAACUGCAGGAGGAGAAGGACCCUCGGCGUGGAGAUAGAUAGCAGAAAAAUGCUGUCAUGGGGAGAGAAGGGGAGGGAGUCGUCAGAGAGAAACAGGAUGAAACAAGGCAGGGUCGCGCUCAACUGAAACGUGGAGGUGGCUCCUGGAUGAAGGCUGCAGGCACUGAGGAGAGCAGACCAACAGAUAUGGAAAACAGGUUGAUGCAGACAGGACCUCUCCUCCACCACAGAGGGCAGAGAGUCGAGCACCAGGGAUGAUCCGAACCUCCUCUCUUCUCUGGAACCGGAUUCAAAUGCACAUCUGGACGGACCACGGCUUCCAGCGUUCUCACCCAUGACAGUUUCCACGUUUCACGCCAGCACCACAGGGAAAAGUUGACAGCAGAAGGUUCUGAAGGCAACAUCGCUGGACUGGAUUCAUUUUCUCAGGCACUAUGCAGUCAGACGACCUCUUCAUCCGCAAGUUCCGCCGGCACAAUGUCAGGCCUCCCAUCGUCAACUUUGACCCCAAGCGGGAGGCGGGCGUGGUGGAGUGGCCUCCCAGGAGGGACGGCGACGGAGCCGAAGCUGACAGCCUCACUCCAAGCCGUGCAGGGCUGAACCUUCGGUCGGUGGGGCGGGGCCACAUCAUGCAGAGGAGCAACAGCGAUGUGACCUUAGGAGAUCUGGACUCCUCGGGGAAGACGGGGACAAAGGUGGUCCGGACGGUUGGCGAGAGGGCGGGGGCAGGGGCGCAGGGGGACUCAGGUGUGCUGUUGCACAGAGAAUACGGCAGCUUGUCAUCGUUGGAGAGACAGAGCCAAGCCCAGGAGCCCAGUGCAGAUGACCAGGGGCCGCUGAGUCCCAACGCCCUCCGCUUCAAAGACCCCUUCCUGCUUUUAGGGCUGGGGGGCAACCCUCCAGAGCCUGAUGGAUUCUUUCGAGGUCUCUCCACUUCCACAGGGGACUCCCAAAAACCUGCAAAGCCACCAAAACCUGAAGGCCUCAGUAAGAAGUCCAAACCCACCCCCCCUCAGAUUCCCCAACCCAGUCCGUAUGACAACCUCGGAGGAGGAACGUGGGUCAAGAGCUUUGCGCACUAUGACGUCCAGAGCAUCCUGUUUGACCUCAACGAGGUGGCCACCAACAGGGACAGCAUCGGACGCAAAAAGAACAUCACCUCAGGGGCUUCGGCUGCAUCCCAGCUGCGCCCCCUCAACCAGGCCACCCCUUCCUCGCCAGCACAGGGCGGGGGAGGUGGUGGGGGGAACGCAGACGACCCCGAACAGUCGAUGCUGCUGGAUGAAGGAGAUGGCAACGAUAACGAGCUCCUCCUCAGCUGCCCUCAUUUCCGCAAUGAGACGGGCGGAGAGGAGCAGGUGGGGCUGUGCCGAGCUCCUGGAAGGAGGGGGCUCUGGUCCAGCCUGCGGACCCCCAACGAUGCGGUUUCUGUCCUGGAGGAGCCCAGAGAGAGUCACGUCCAGCUGCAGGGGAAGAGCAACUACUUCAUCGAGCAUGCUGACCUGGGGGCCCAUUACUAUCGCAAAUAUUUCUAUAUGAAAGAGCACCAGAACUUUUUCGGCAUUGACGACCGCCUCGGUCCAGUCGCCAUCAGCUUCAGGCGAGAGGAGAAGGAAGGAUCCAGUGGAGCUCAGUACAACUACAGGAUCAUCUUUCGCACCACAGAGAUGAAGACGCUGCGAGGUUCCAUCCUGGAGGAGUCGGUCCCCUCUGCUGCCCGUCACACCACCCCGAGAGGCCUGUCUCCUAAACGGCUGCUGGAGUUCAUCCUGCCUGAACUCAACCUGCACUGCCUUCGUCUGGCCUCAAACUCCCCUAAAGUACGGGACACGCUGCUCAAGCUGGACGAGCAGGGGCUGAAUUUUCAGAGAAAGGUAGGUGUGAUGUACUGCCGGGCGGGGCAGAGCUCAGAGGAGGACAUGUACAACAACGAGAGCUCUGGACCAGCAUUCGAGGAGUUCCUGGAUUUACUUGGAGAUCGAGUGCGCCUGAAGGGCUGGGAGAAAUAUAGAGCUCAGCUGGAUAACAAGACGGACUCCACAGGAAAACAUUCCCUCUACACACGCUACCAAGACUACGAAAUUAUGUUUCACGUCUCGACUAUGCUCCCUUACACCGCCAACAACACACAGCAGCUGCUUCGGAAACGACAUAUUGGAAAUGACAUCGUGACCAUCGUGUUCCAGGAGCCCGGCGCUCUGCCCUUCACCCCCAAGUCCAUCCGCUCCCAUUUCCAGCACGUCUUCAUCAUCGUUCAGGUCCACCAGCCCUGUGCUGAUGUAACCUACUACAGUGUGGCCGUGACGCGCUCCAAAGACAUCCCGUUAUUUGGACCUCUGUUCCCUAAGGGGGCUCGCUUCCCUCGCUCGCCCGCCUUCAGAGACUUCCUCCUAGCAAAAGUAGUAAAUGCCGAAAAUGCUGCAGAAAAGGCAGAGAAGUUCCGCUCCAUGGCCACGCGCACACGGCAGGAGUACCUGAAGGACCUGGCGGAGAACUACGUGACCACCACGCCCAUCGACUCCUCCACCAAGUUCCCCCUGCUCUCUCUGGGCAGCAAGCGCAAAGACAAGCUGAAAAGUGCCAAAGGAGCGGAGCUGCACAGUGCCGGGGCGCUGGUAUGGGGGGUGAUGGUCAACAGCAGAGGGGAUGGGGAGGGCGGGGAGCACAAGCUGCCCUGUCUGCUGGGGGUGUCGGUGGAGUACGUGGUGCUCAUUGAGAGGAGCUCCCGUCGGGUGAUGUUUAACUGCUCCUGCCGCGACGUCAUUGGCUGGAAGGUGGUGGCAGAGGUCAAAGAGGGGGGGCCCUGCCUGGAUAUCUUCUAUGAGCGUGGGGAGUCCGUGUCUAUAAGUAUGCUGGAGAGUCAGGUGGAGGACUUAAAGGAGGUGGUGCAAAGGCUUGAGAUGGUAACGCGGGGCUGUGUGGCCCUGGAGGUCACGCCGCUGCGGGACGGAGUGGGCCAGCCCGGCUUCCUGAUGAACGAAGAGGGCUUCGUGACAGAGCUGCAGAGGUUCUGCUACGCUGAGAGUGGAGGCCUGCAGCUCUGGGCCCGCGUGGUGCGGCUCUGCGGACACUCGCUGGUCCACUUGAGUCUGGAGGAGAGGAGCAGGCUGCUCCGGACCGCACACAAAAUCCACAUCACCGUCAUCCCGCCGGACGAGAACGGAAAGCCUCGCAGGAGUUUCUCUGAGCUCUACCAGAAGGCCAUCAAGGACGCUGAGUGCAAACCAGGCGAGGACCGGUCAGGACAGGCCUGGGUGCUGGACGACAGAGAGGACCAGGAGAAGGACGAGCAGCAGCAGGAGAACGACGACGAGCUGAAGACGAGCGAGGAGGAGACGAUAGACACGCAGCCACAGGAGGAGGAGGAAAGGCCAGAAGAGGAGUCGUCUCAGGAGGGCCAAAGUGAGGGAGGUCAAGGGUCGCUCCUCACGCCACCCAGACUCCCAUUGUUGAGGGUCACUUCCCUGCAGGAACCACCAGCCAAUCAGAGCCAGGAGGGCAUCAGCCCACUGCUCCCCCGCAGCCUCUCUUUGGAGAGACAGCUGGACUACACGGAUGAAUGUGACGGACAUGUAUAUGACAAUGUUGCACUGAAGGAUCGGCACAUCUACGAGAACGUCAGGGAGCUGAGGGACGACACGCCUGAUCUGAUCCUGGCUGUCAAACCCAAAGUUCCCCUGGAGGAGGAGCAGUUCAUGGGAACCGAGUUCGGUGAUGACAAAGCGUCGGCGAGUGACCCUUCCCUCUGCACGUCCCGGCUGUCGUGUGUGGACCGAGCUGAGAGAAACUCACGAGCCCUCAGCCUGCAUAACUCCAUCACCAAGAUGCUGUCGGAAACCACAGACUCCACUGAUGAGGAGUGGCAGUCCAUAGCUGACCUGGCAACCGCCUGCCGCAGCAUCCUGGAGGCUUUGUCGCGAGAGGACCGCAAAGCCAGCGACUCAUCUCAAGCAGGAGCUGAUCAGACCGAUGGCAAGCAGAGAGAUUCGAAGGAUAGUGACUCUCCAGGCCACCUGGAGGAAAAGGUGUCGCAGCUGGAGGGGAUGCUGAAGAAGCUGCAGGACGACCUGCAAAAGGAGAAAGAGGACAAGGCAAUGCUGCAGGCCGAGGUGCAGAGCCUCCGGCAGAACAACCAGCGGCUGCAGGAGGAGUCGCAGAGCACAGUGGCCCGCCUCAUCAAGGUCACCGAGCUGCUGUGCAAUGUCAACAAGCCGUGUUAGCUCCCCUUGUUUGCACCCACAAACCCUGCACUCCUGCGCUCUGCACACUUAUUUGGUUCCUGUUUAGCUGUAAACACACACGACCACCACAGUCUGUCUGAGGCGAUGUUGGACAAUAAAAACCCUGGCAGAGAGAAAGAAAAAGGCGUCACGCACAGGCUGCAGCGUCGGUGUGCCGAUCAGGGGUGGAGAUUUGUGUGUUUCAAAUACUUGACAAACUCAGCUUAGUAGCACUUGUGUUUAGGCAGUAAAAACCGUAGUGGUUAAGACGGAGAGACACUUUAAAGCAUGUUUGGUGGUCUCAUAUCCAACUGACCGAAUCACACAUUGAUUAUAUCACGAGUAAUAGAUGUAAACUAUUUUCUGUGCCACUCUGACUGUGGAAGGAUGUAACCCAAGAGGGCGAAAAAAAUGGCAAAUGUUGAGCCUGAAGGCUGCCUUCUACUUCAGAUGAACUAAUGAUGCAAACUGACUGGCCCCUUACAGCAAGGUCUGUUAUGUAAGGACGUUAUUCUCCUCUUUACUCACUUCUCAGAAGUACUGUAUUCAGCAAACUAUCUUUUUAGGGAAAUUCAUAUGUGAACAAGAUCGAGGGGCUUAAACUGGAGUGAAAAGUGAACUGUUUCUUUUUUGUGUUUCUUUUUCCUGGAUGUAUCUUUGACAAACAGUGUAAAAAAGGGGGUAAACUGAAGAUAAAAAGUUUGUCAGGAAAGAAGUUCUUCAGCUUCCUCCUCCUGUAGCUCUUUAAGCCUCACUGUUGUAGCAGCCAUACUGUAGAAGAUCUGCUCCCAACGCCACCAAGGCAGCUUCAUUUACCGCUGGAAGAACAAAUGUGACGCCUUGUGAUGAGGUUUCAAAUCAUAUAUAAAAAUAAUCUUUCAAGUAAUGCGCGACUCUUGUUGAUUUUAUGUUUGGAAAGACCUGUGGCUCAUCAUAAACUAGUUUUGAACUCAGUCUGGAUCUUUAUCUGUCUAAUUUAAUUUGACUUUAAAUACUAAAGGGUUUAGUAGGAAUUUCAAAAUGAAUUUCUGAAAACAAACGUGAAAUUCAAGCAGUGAUUUAAUAAAGAUUCACCCCCAGUCCAAAUGAAAAUAAAAACUCAAAUUUUUGACCGAAUCUGAAAUCUUCCCCUACCUCUACAUUUAGCUCUCCAAACAGAGCGUUCUGGAGGAACAGCUUUCUCCCCUAUUCUAUAUUAAAGUAAAUAUUUCACAAACAAUCAAGACAUAUCUGUCAAUAACAUCAGUAUCAAUGAUGAGACAAAGACAAAUAUGAAAAUAAUAUCCACAAACAUAACUUAAAAAACAACCAAAAAAGGAUCUUUAUCAACAGUUUAAACAAAUCAAAAAAAUUAAAUAAUGUCUGGGCAUUCUUGUGUUUAAUACAAUGUAAAGUUUUGGAGUUUAAGAGUUUAAUAAUUCAAUUUUAUUUAUAUAGCCCAAAAUCACAAAGGAAAUUUGCCUCAUUGGGCUUCAACAAUCCGUUAAUGUCAGUGUUCACCUUUAAGGGUUUGCAAUUAUGUAUAAAAAUCUUUGAAAUCUUUGAAAUCACAAUCAAUUGUUAAUCAGAAAGUCCAAUUUUUUAUCAAUUAAUUAUAAUCUUAUUUUAAUAUCUCUCCAAUUUAAAGGGUUUAUGGUGAUAUAUAUAUAUUUUUUUUUAACCAAUUAUAAAAAGAAGACCAAAAAACUUUUACAUGAAUAUAUUCAUUGAAAAAGAUGCUCCACAAAGACUUUUGGGAAAUUCCUAGUGCACUAUAUAGUGAGUAGGGAAGGAAUUUGGGCAUUAAAGUCUUCAAAUUCAGAUGUUAUAACCACUUGAUGACGUCAUCAAUAGUUGCCAGUCAGAACGUUAGCACAGAGAUGCUAACGCUUGGAAAGACGUAACAAAAUUGGUUUAUAACUUUAAAAAGGUCAUGCUAAAGGGUACUUAAAUGUAAAUGUAAUCUUCAGUGCUAAGUGCCUCUCCUCCGUGGCACAGCACGAUGCAGCUCGCCCUACCGGCAGAGGGAUACAGAACUCCAAGUCCGUUCGCUCUACCCUUUAAAAAGUAUUUUGGAUACCCCUUCGAUUGGAGGGGUAGGGGAAGAAGUCAGAUUCGGCUUUAGAUGAAUAACCGACAAAUUUAAUGUUCUAAAUGCAAAAAAACUACUAAUGUUAGUUGUUAUCAUUUAUUGAACUCGAGAAUUAUCAAAAAAAAAAGAUAAGAAUGUACAAAUGAAGUUUAAACCUUUUUAAUCUCUUAAAAAGGUAAGUUUGUUUGAAUAAAAAUUAAAUCACUGUCAGGAAAGUUUGAAAGAAUAUGUUGUGUUAUGCAAAUGUUUCUUUGCAUAAAAUAGUUUCUUAAAUUAAAUAAAUAUGUAUUCAAAACAAAGUAUCAAGUCAAAUGCUUUCCAAUGAGCUGGAAAAAAGGUUUUUAAUAUUAUUGACCAAACAACUACAUGUAAUUUUUUAAUUAAACAGGAUUUAAUAAAAUUAAUAUUGAUGAGAAGCAAAUGCUUUAACAUAACACUAAUUCUACUAGUUUUUUAAAACGUAUUUGUGAGUUUGUGAUGAACAAAAGGAGCUUUAAGUGUCAAAUCAACGUGAGUCAUGCAAUAAAUCUAAUUACUUUUAUUUUUUUUAAUAACAAGGUUUAUUGCAUCUUUGUUUGGUGUUACAGAAUAAUUAACAAAUGAACUAACAGGUAAUGGAGUCCAGACUACUGUAUCUAAGUGUUUUAAUGUACGGCUCUGUCUUCAGUCAGUUGUUUCCUCUGGCCUAUAGGUGUGGUAGAGGUAGAUCAAAUACCAUUCCACCCUGUUGUGUAUUUUUUGUGACAGUACUGCACUUUUUCCUGGGUUUGGAUUCUUUCUUUUUUAUGCUAACUCAACAUGAGAAGGUGGAUUAGACCUCGUCCCCUCGACACCGCCUUACCUCGCCUCUCUGCAGGGACAGAGCGUGCUCAGAGGAGUCUGACUGCUUCUCCUCAGUGCCAACAACAACAAAAAAGCACGUGCAGCUCCGCUGAAUUUCCCACAAAACUAAAAACUGAACUUAUUCAAAGGGAUGCCAAACGUCACUCAGACUUUCUCCGUUUUUUCUUGUACAAAGUUUUCUCUUGUAACGUUCUUUUAGAGUCACUGUGAAUACCCGGUACCAGCAUAUCAAGAUACAGUAUAUACAGAUGAAAUUAUAAAUCCAAACUUUAUCGGUAUGUGAAGAUACUGUAUGUACAGCUGAACUGUUCCAUGUUAGUGCACUGGGUGUGUCCUCCUGUCGCAGAAUGAUUAUGCAGCUCCUCGUUUCAUGUCCUCCACAUCAUGGAGACCUCCUCUUCAUUUCAACAGGUUAGUGUCAGAAAACCUGUUUGACUGUGUCUUGUAUAUUUAUUAGAUUGUAGGAGGUUGGUUGAGCAUGAAAGCGUGCCCAGCAACUUCCAUCCUCCCUUCCCUUCUCUCUGUACCUGUGCGUGUAUAAAAACAAAAAAGAAAAUGUAACUUAUUAAUCACACAAAUGUGUUGUAGCUGUUUGAACAGGUGAAGAUGAAAAUGUGAAACAGAAUGAGGAGGGAAGACGGACUCGGUUAGAAAAUCUGCUUCUUUUGUUUUAGUGACGGCUAAAAGGACGCCUGAAAUUUAAUGUAACUGAAGAUCCUAUAUUCUAACAUUAAGCUGUCUCAGCUACAACUCUCUGGUAGUCGAUGAGGUCUUAUGACGCCAUUAGCUAUGCCUUAAUGAGUAAAUCUUUCAGAAUGGAUGGUGGAACCGCAUACUGGCUGUAUGUAAAGGCUCAUUUCUCUGACUUUGUGCCUACCUGAAAAUGUAAUGUAUGUCAACCCAGCUUAGUGAUUUCAUUUCUUUGCCUUUGGUUGCACUAACUGAGGUUUUAUUGUUGUGAAUAUUUGGCAGCAGAUGAGGGGUUUUCACAAGAGGCCAUGGCAACAGCUGGUCUUUUAUCUGCUGGGCGCCGGAAAGUCAUGGAGUGCCACGUGAUCUGAAGAUCAGAGAGUGACAAUAGAUGUGUGUUGUUAAUCUUAAGCAUGACUGAAGGUUCAUGGUUUAUCGAGUACCACGGAUUGUCAAGAGAACCAACAAAUAUAUGAUUUUUAAAAGAGAAUUAAAAAGGAAAUGGUGCGUGAAA